GGUGAAUCAGCUCCGUGAGUGACGCAGCUGGGUCCUGAGAGCUUCCUGUGCCACCCAUCUCAACCCUGUUUCCCACUUAGCAGGGGAGAGAGAGGCACAGCUCCCACCAGCUGUGGAAAUGGGGCACGGAGAGGGAAGAGGGCUGUUGGGCAACGCAGUGGUUUGAGGGCAGACACAGCCCAGCCCCGUCCAUCGGGAACGUUUUCCCCAGAGGCCCUGGCAAGGACUACAGCCAGCAAUAUGGAAAUCUUUAUCGGGGCUGUGCCUUGUCCGUCGCCAUCACCAAACCCUGACGUGUAACCAAGGGUGGAAUUGGUUUGUUGUGGUUCAUGGUUUGAGAAGACACAGUCCACCUUGAUGGUGAAGGCGUGGGGCUGAGUUUGCGGUGACAAGAACUUGUGGUCAGGACUUCUCGCUGUCUACUGGGAAGCAGAGAGUUCAGCUCAACCGGGGGCCAGCUGUAACCUCAGGUGUGACCCCCAAUACCCAGUGGCCCACUUCCUCCAGGAAGACCUCGCCUCCCUCUGCAGCUUCCCAGGGGAGCCUCGUUAGCUGAGGAGCAGCCGUCCGCCUGGCCCAGGGAGGCUGUUCCGCAUCUCUAUUGGUUCCUUUUUCUGUUGUUGUUUUAAAAAAAAAAGUACUCUUAAUGAAAGCAACUUAAUGGAGAAAGGAUUUCUUCCGCACAUUCCAUCACGACGGAACACCAGGACAGGGGGCAGGGAAGGCAUGAUGGGAACAGAAUCCCGGCUGCUCACACUGCAGACACGCUCAGAAAGCAGGAUGUGAACAGGAAAUGGGCCAGAGUUUAAGCCCGCCCCCACGGACCCGCUUCCUCCAGAGCAACUCCACCUCCUACGGGUUCCACGACCUUCCCAAGCAGCGCCACCAGCUGGGGACCACUGCUUACACACAUAAAUCCUGUGUGGGAGACACUUCUCAUAGCAUCCACCAGCGGGAGGACUUACGCUAGGUAGUGAGUGUAAAGAUGGUGGAGAAAAUGCAGUACCUCCUCCAGGCAGAUGGCAUGGUGGCUACUGCUGUCAGCAGGACCUAAAUCACCCAGAAGACUGUCAGCGUCAAUAAGGCCAUUAACACGCAGGAGGUGGCCGUGAAGGAAAAGCAUGCCAGGACGUGCAUCCUGGGCACCCACCAUGAGAAAGGGGCGCAGACAUUUUGGUCCGUGGUCAACCGGCUGCCCCUGUCCAGCAAUGCCAUGCUGUGCUGGAAGUUCUGCCAUGUCUUCCACAAACUCCUCCGAGACGGACAUCCCAACGUGCUAAAAGACUCUCUGAGAUACAAAAGUGAAUUAAGCGACAUGAGCAGGAUGUGGGGCCACCUGAGCGAGGGGUAUGGACAGCUGUGCAGCAUCUACCUCAAACUGCUGAAAACAAGGAUGGAGUACCACACCAAAAAUCCCAGGUUCCCAGGCAACCUUCAGAUGAGUGACCGACAGCUGGACGAGGCCGGAGAAAGUGAUGUUAACAACUUUUUUCAGCUCACGGUGGAAAUGUUUGAUUACCUGGAGUGCGAACUGAACCUCUUCCAGACAGUGUUCAACUCCUUGGACAUGUCCCGCUCGGUAUCCGUGACCACAGCCGGGCAGUGCCGCCUCGCACCUCUGAUCCAGGUCAUCCUGGACUGCAGUCACCUCUACGACUACACUGUCAAGCUGCUCUUCAAGCUCCACUCCUGUCUUCCAGCGGACACCCUGCAGGGCCACCGAGACCGCUUUAUGGAGCAGUUCACGAAGUUGAAAGAUCUGUUCCAGCGCUCCAGCAACCUACAGUACUUCAAGCGGCUCAUUCAGAUCCCCCAGCUGCCUGAGAAUCCACCCAACUUCCUCCGAGCCUCAGCCCUGUCAGAGCACGUCAGCCCUGUGGUGGUGAUCCCAGCGGAGGUGGCAUCACCAGACAGCGAGCCUGUCCUGGAGAAGGAUGACCUCAUGGACAUGGGUGCCUCCCAGCAGUCUCUGCAGAGCUCGUUUGACAACAAGUUUGAUGACAUCUUCGGCAGCUCGUGGAGCAGCGACCCCUUCAAUUUCAACAAUCAAAACGGUGUGAAUAAGGAUGAGAAGGACCACUUGAUUGAGCGCCUGUACAGGGAGAUCAGUGGGCUGACAGGACAGCUGGACAGCAUGAAGAUUGAGAGCCAGCGGGACGUGCUGCAGCUGAAGGGUCGUGUGAGCGAGUUGGAGGCAGAGCUGGCGGAGCAGCAGCACCUGGGACGGCAGGCCACGGAUGACUGCGAGUUCCUGCGCACAGAGCUGGAUGAGCUGAAGAGGCAGCGAGAGGACACGGAGAAGGCGCAGCGCAGCCUGACGGAGAUAGAACGAAAGGCCCAGGCCAACGAACAGCGGUACAGCAAGCUGAAAGAGAAGUAUAGCGAGCUGGUUCAGAACCACGCUGACCUGCUGCGGAAGAAUGCGGAGGUCACCAAACAGGUGUCCGUGGCCAGGCAAGCCCAGGUGGAUUUGGAAAGAGAGAAGAAAGAACUAGAAGAUUCCUUUGCACGUGUAAGUGACCAGGCCCAGCGGAAGACUCAAGAGCAGCAGGAUGUUCUGGAGAACCUGAAGCAUGAACUAGCCAGCAGCAGGCAAGAGCUGCAGGUCCUCCACAGCAGCCUGGAAACCUCUGCCCAGUCUGAAGCCAAGUGGCUGACACGGAUCGCCGAGCUGGAGAAGGAGCAGGGCAGCCUGGUGACUGCUGCAGCUCAGAGAGAGACAGAGUUCUCAGCCCUCAGAGAGCAGCUGGAAAGUACCCGGAUCGAACUGGCCCGUGCCCAGGAAUCCAUGUGCCAGCAGGUAAAGGACCAGAGGAAAAUACUCUUGGCAGGGUCCAGGAAGGCUGCGGAGCGCGCGAUACAGGAGGCGCUGAGCCAGCUUGAAGAGCCUGCUCUCAUCAGCUGUGCGGGGUCCACAGACCACCUGCUCUCCAAAGUCAAGGCUGUUUCCGGCUGCCUUGGGCAACUGGAAAAGAGCCGCAGCCGGUAUCUGGCCUGCCCAGAAGAGAUCAGUGAGCUUCUGCACUCAGUAACCCUGCUUGCCCACUUGACCAGUGACACCAUCAUUCAGGGGAGUGCCACCAGCCUCCGGGCCCCACCAGAGCCAGCCGACUCUCUGACGGAGGCCUGUAGGCAGUAUGGCAGGGAAACCCUGGCCUAUCUGUCCUCCCUGGAGGAAGAGGAAGCCAUGGAGAAAGCUGACAGCACAGCCAUGAGGAGCUGCCUCAGCAAGAUCGAGGCCAUUGGCCAGGAACUGCUGCCAAGAGGCCUGGACAUAAAACAGGAAGAGCUGGGUGACCUUGUGGACAAGGAGAUGGCCGCCACUUCAGCUGCCAUCGAAGCCGCCACCGCCCGGAUAGAGGAAAUACUCAGUAAAUCCCGAGCAGGAGACACGGGAGUCAAGUUGGAGGUGAACGAAAGGAUCCUUGGUUCCUGUACCAGCCUGAUGCAAGCCAUCAAGGUCCUCGUGGUGGCCUCCAAGGACCUCCAGAAGGAGAUCGUGGAAAGCGGCAGGGGUACAGCAUCCCCUAAAGAAUUUUAUGCAAAGAACUCUCGGUGGACAGAAGGCCUUAUAUCUGCCUCCAAAGCUGUUGGUUGGGGAGCUACCAUCAUGGUGGAUGCUGCCGAUCUCGUGGUCCAAGGCAAAGGGAAGUUCGAGGAACUGAUGGUGUGUUCACACGAGAUUGCUGCUAGCACAGCCCAGCUUGUGGCUGCAUCCAAGGUAAAAGCUAACAAGGGCAGCCUCAAUCUGACCCAGCUGCAGCAGGCCUCUCGGGGAGUGAACCAGGCCACGGCUGCUGUGGUGGCCUCAACCACCUCUGGCAAAUCUCAGAUUGAGGAGACAGACAGCAUGGACUUCUCGAGCAUGACCCUGACCCAGAUCAAGCGCCAGGAGAUGGAUUCUCAGGUCAGGGUGCUGGAGCUGGAAAAUGACCUGCAGAAGGAGCGUCAGAAACUGGGAGAGCUUCGGAAGAAACACUACGAGCUGGCUGGUGUUGCCGAAGGCUGGGAAGAAGGGACAGAGGCUUCACCUCCUGCUACUCAAGAAGCAAUACCUGGAAAAGAGUAGAGCCAAGCCAACGCCCCACGUGUCAGAAUGUAAAUCCUCGUCACCCUUCCGUUUGUGAGGCCCUCACCAUGGCACACCAGGGUCAUCGCAGACCCCUCCAUUGGCAAAAGCUGAAGCCCGUCAUGCCCCCUCAUGCCACCGCCUCUGUUGAAUGCAUGAUGAGUUCUUUCCUCUGUCCCUGACGUCCAGGCAGGCCAGUGUUGGCCAUGAGCAAGCUCAGGUCCACAGAAAAACGGCGACAUGGCCAGCCUGUCCUGCCUAAUAUCCAAUUCCAGUCACAUCCUUCCUGGAGAGACUUCUUGUCAUUGGGAGCUUGGGGGGGUAGCUCACCCUGUUCUCCCCCCACCCCUUUCUUAGUCUUUUGCAUUUUGUCAUUUGCACAAACUUGUGAGCAUCUGAACUCUGCUGGAUUCCAAUCCAGGCCACGCCACCUGGAUGCGCAGUCAGAACGGGAACGGGUGGCCUGGCGGGGAAUGCCAAAGCAACGGCUCGCGCUCCACACUACGCUUUUGGCAGUUCCCAGGGUCCCCUCCUGCUUAUUGUUAGGUAGUUAUUUGGGUCUUCUGGUUUUAUAUUUUGAAAGUUUCACACCGCCAACUUUCCCAAAAAGGGUUCCAACCCCUACCCUCCCUGAGCUCUGAGCCUUCUGAGAGGAAGCCCCCACACACCAUGGUGCAGCCUUGGUGCUCCAGCUCGGCUCUCCCGCCAGCCAAGGCCACUCCCCCAGGGUGACAGCUGUCCUCUGAAGUCUGAAGCAGAGCUAGUGCCUUUAAUUUUCUGACCCUGGGUGCCAUCCUGAGGCCUCUGUCCACCUUCACAAGCCAGGGAGCAUCAGAGGUUUUUUUGUUGUUUUGUUUUUUAAGGUGCCAGGGCCCAGCUGUUGAGAGGACAUUUUUCUUAGGAGCUCAUGUGACCAGGUUUACCACCCCAUCACAUGCUGGAAUGGGGCUGGUGUGGACAGCAACACUACAUCCCCAGAGCAGACGUCCUGUGCCGUGUCACGUGGGCCACCUUGCGGCAAACCUAGGCAAGGCCCUAGGAGGGACAGACGUAAAGGACCCGGAAGUGGUUCCUCUGCUAGCUGCCUGCUUCUGCGUCCUGCUGAACCAGAAAAGGAUGGCUGCCUGUGCGGCUUGCUCAGCAGACUCACUUGCUCCCAUCAGGAAGGGAACUCCACUCGGGGUAGGACUCUUCAUAUUUAUUACUAACAGUCUUCACGCGACAUCUGCCCCGAGAGGCUGGGAGCAGUCAGGACUGAGGGUGUCUGGCUAGUCCUCUGCCAUCAGUCUUCACAGACCACAGACAAGACUAAAGCACCAAUUGUGGUCAUUUCUGGGCUUGGAGUUCAAAGCAGGCAGGUUCCUUGAAGCAUUGAGGAGCAGGGAACAGGAGAAAGAGGAUCAUUGACUGUGACACCAUCCCCACCACUACCCAGUCCUGCUCCCAUGACGACGGGAUGGGGACAGAAGGCGUCCCGCCUGGAUACGAGCAGCCGGACAGCACUUUGCCACUCUCAAAUGGACCACGGAAUUAAGUGACCUUCUGAUCUUUAGGAUGGGGCAGGGAGGUGGCGUCUUCCUUCUUUUCUGUAACUGUUAGGUGGCAGGCAAUAAGCGCUUCCUUGAACCUGUCCCCAGCGGGACAUGGCUGGGCUUUGCUGGGUGAUGGGUUGUGAGACUAAUUAUUGUUUGAUCACUGUGAAUCAGCCCCCUUUCCGGCUCCACCCACCCCCACUCUGUCCCUGAGUGUCUUCUAAGCCAGCACUCCUAAAACUCCCAGCAACUGAGACACAUGACCGAUAUAUUGGGCUGUAGGAGUUACCUGCAGUAGAAGCGGUCCAUUCUGGUGCCAGAAGAAUGUUUCUCUGCUCAGCAUUUCUUGAGUCCAAGGACCAGGACAGACAGUGUGUGGCAUUGUUGGCCCAUUUGUGCCACUCAGGCCAAUCCAUGUGCGCUGCAGAGGUCAGCUUUCCCAAAGGUGUCUGUUACACAGUCAGCCCUUGCUUCUGGUGUUGACCCAUUCACACGUGUGAGUCCCAGCAAGAGGAGAUCACACGCACAGCGAUAUGAUAACAACAGGUGAAUGAAUAACACACCUGUCUGAAAAGCCCGUCAAGCCCUGUUAAUCUCUUCCUGAGUAGCAAAACAGUCAAGAGCCCCUGCACGAGGUAGGUCGUCAGCACAAGGUUCCUACCUGCUCGGUGUUGUGUCGAACUUCUUAGUGUAACUCAAGUCAGAACUGCCUUAGUCUAGCCAGGAUUGAUAGUGCAUACCUGUAAUCGUGGCGUUCGGGAGACUGAGGCAGGAAGACCCUGAAUUUAGGGACAGCCUGGGCUACAUACUUGUCUCAAAACAAAAAUUAAGUGUAAUUAGA